AUGCUCUUCUCCCGCUCUCCCUUUCGCCUCUGUAGAAUAUCCGCAGUCGGACAGACUCGUCAGCUACCCUUCUCUCGACCAAGAUUCCUAUCUGCUUCUGUCGCACGUUACGCUAUCGACAUGGAGACCGUGAAUACUUCCGAGCGCCUAGCGCGAUUGAGACAGUUGAUGCAGGAGCACAAAGUCGAUGUAUAUAUCGUCCCAUCGGAAGAUAGCCAUCAGUCUGAAUAUAUCGCACCAUGUGACGGCCGGCGAGAGUUCAUCUCUGGUUUCUCUGGCUCUGCGGGAACAGCCAUCGUCUCCAUGACGAAAGCUGCAUUGUCGACAGAUGGACGGUAUUUCAACCAGGCUUCGAAGCAGCUCGACAGCAAUUGGUUGCUGCUCAAGCGCGGAGUGGAGAAUGUUCCAACAUGGCAAGAAUGGACCACCGAACAAGCCGAGGGUGGUAAGGUUGUAGGUGUCGACCCAUCCUUGAUCACUGCACCGGGUGCACGGAGCCUUGCAGAGACUCUGAGGAAGAAUGGCUCGUCGCUUGUUGGCGUUCAGCAGAAUCUGGUCGACCUAGUCUGGGGCGAGGAUCGGCCAGCGCCUCCAAGGGAGAAAGUCCGGGUUCAUCCAGACAAGUUUGCCGGAAAGAGCUUCCAGGAGAAGAUCACUGAUCUGCGCAAAGAGUUGGAGAACAAAAAGACGGCUGGAUUUGUCAUUUCUAUGCUGGAUGAGAUCGCCUGGCUGUUCAAUUUAAGAGGAAGCGACAUCCCCUACAACCCGGUGUUCUUCGCAUACGCCAUCAUCACACCUACAACGGCAGAUCUCUACAUUGAUGAAGAGAAAUUGACCCCGGAGGUUACAAGCCACUUGGGUCAGGAUGUUGUCAUCAAGCCAUAUGACUCUAUCUUUGCCGAUGCCACAGCCCUCAGUGAAGCAAGAAAGCAAGACGCUGGGGAAGCCGCUGCAAAGUUUCUCCUCUCAAACAAAGCUUCAUGGGCCCUUAGCCUCAGUUUGGGAGGCGAGGAGCAUGUGGAAGAGACUCGCAGUCCCAUUGCUGAUGCUAAAGCCGUUAAGAAUGAAGCAGAGCUUGCUGGAAUGCGGGCGUGCCAUAUUCGAGAUGGUGCUGCGUUGAUUGAGUAUUUUGCUUGGCUUGAAAACGAACUGGUCAGCAAGAAGACUUCCCUUGACGAGGUUGACGCCGCGGACAAGCUAGAACAGAUCAGAUCGAAGCACGAUCUAUUUGCGGGCUUGUCCUUCGAUACGAUCUCCUCGACUGGACCCAAUGGUGCUGUUAUCCACUACAAGCCUGAGAAGGGCAGCUGCGCCAUCAUCGAUCCCGAGGCAAUCUAUCUCUGCGAUUCUGGUGCCCAGUAUCUGGAUGGAACUACCGAUGUUACUAGAACAUUUCACUUUGGGCAGCCAACCGAACUUGAGAAGAAGGCCUUUACGUUGGUCCUCAAGGGAAUGAUCGCCAUUGAUUCUGCUGUCUUCCCGAAGGGUACCAGCGGCUUCGCGCUUGAUGUCCUUGCAAGACAAUUUUUGUGGAAGGAGGGACUUGAUUACCUCCAUGGCACUGGCCAUGGCAUCGGCUCCUACCUGAAUGUACACGAAGGUCCUAUUGGCAUCGGCACGCGCGUACAGUAUACCGAGGUUCCGAUCGCCCCUGGAAAUGUUAUCUCUGACGAACCCGGAUUCUACGAAGACGGCAAGUUUGGCAUUCGAAUCGAAAUAUGCCUCGCAGAUGUUAUUAUGGCGCGGGAAGUGCAAACGACGCAUAAGUUCGGCGACAAGCCAUGGUUGGGCUUCGAACAUGUCACCAUGGCCCCCAUUGGUCGUAACUUGAUUGAGCCUUCUCUUCUCAGCGAGUCUGAGUUAAAAUGGGUGAACGAUUAUCAUGCAGAGAUCUGGGAGAAGACUCAUCAUUUCUUUGAGAAUGAUGAAUUCACUAGAAGCUGGCUCCAACGUGAGACCCAGCCCAUCUCCAAGUAA